AGCGAGAGCGAAUUUACUAUAUAUAGUAAUAUAAUUUAUUAUUUAUUAACUAAAAAUAAGCGGGUAAUAAGAAAUAUACUAGCGUUAGAGGUUUAUAAUAUAAUUAAUAGCGUUAACUUCUCUUAUACGAUUUUAAUAAUACUAAGGAAGAUUACUAAUCGAAUUAGCUUUUUAUUUAUUUUAACGGUUAUUUAUAUUAAUUCUUACUCGCUAUACGAAUGCCUCGUUAAAUUAAGAAUAAUAAAAGAAAAGAGGCUUAUAAUUAAUAUUAUAGCCCUUAAGUAA